AUGGCUAGCGACUCGGUCAAAGGAGUAUUUUGUGCGGACGAGGCAGGCCUGAGUGUGUGUAAUCGCGGAACACUGGACAGCGCUAGUAUUGCGGGUGAUGUGACAAACGAAAUGAUGAAACUUGCAAACAAUUUGGAGCCCGAUUUGCCGAUCUCCUCCAUUGUCGUGCAACUUUUAGGUUCCUUUUUUUCUUUCCCCGAAAUUGCAUAUGAGGUGCCAUCUUUACUUACUUUACCUAUAUCUUUACUUCACCCAUACUAG